AUGAAGCGUGUUAGGCGUUUAGUUGUACUGGCAGUUCAACUUGCAAUCAUAGUAUGCACAAGUUAUCAACUGACAAAAUUACUUUUUCAAUUUAAAUGGAAGGAACAAUUCGGCUUAUCACGAAAUGAUGAUGGUUUCUCCUACAAUGUAUUACCACGUGAAAGUUAUUCAAGUUCAGCGCGUAAUUCAAAUCAGACCUAUUAUAUUGCAUCACAAAUGACGAGGUAUGAAAAUAAAAUUACACUCGGAUUUACUGAGAAAGAUCUUGAAAAAUUAUAUGAAGUGAAAUCUACUCCAUCUGCC